CCCACACAAGACGCACACUCCCUUUACAGUAGAAAGAUUUGUUGGAAAGUACAGGACUUUCAUCAGAUGUCUGAGGUAAAAUGGAGGCGAGGAAACUGCUCGCGCUGCUCUGUGUUCUGUUUGGUCUUUUCUGCCUGACAGAGAGUGUGAGGAGAAAUAGGAUGAGACGCUGGAGACGUGAGACAUGCUCUUACGGGAUUUACUCAACUAAAGAAUUAGUCUGUUGCCUCUGUGGUAAAGGUGAACACUUAAUCAAAGACUGCACGGAAAAUAAAACUAAACCUGAGUGUAUACAAUGUACACCAAAAUCAUAUGCGGAUCAUCCAAACAAUGAUGAUGAGUGUCAAUUCUGCAAGAAUUGUCCUGACAAGUUUCACAUGGAGGUCGAACAAAUAUGUACGCCCACUUCUAACACUGUGUGCCGCUGUAAGGAAGGCUCUUACUGCAACGAUGGAGAUGACUGUAUAGUGUGUCACGAAUGGACCACGUGUGAGUUUGGAAUUAAAGUGGAGGGCAAUCGCACACACGACAGACAGUGUUAUGAAGAAGCUCAAGGAGGGUCCCUACUUGCCAUCAUCUUGCCGAUUGUAAUAAUAGUAAUAGCAGCAGUGAUUGUGUAUUUUCUUUGGAAGAAAAAGAUGCUUUGUUGGAGAGAACCACCUGAGCCGGAGAUUCAGGAUGAGCCAAUGGACCUGUUAGAUCCAGAUUUGCUUGCGUCUCUGCCUAAAAUAGCAGAAAUUCUGGGUUUAAAAGUUGUCCGGUCUGUGGUAAGGCGACAAGGUAAACUGUCUCCGACCAGAAUAGACGAAAUAACAGAUGAAUAUCCUCAAGAUGCAAGAGAACGGACAUACCAGCUGCUGAAAGCUUGGUAUGAGGCACAUGGCAAGAACGGGGCUUACAAAGCGCUGAGGGAGAACCUCAUUGGGAUCAAUGAGAAACGGAAGGCUGAUGAUGUGCGUGACCUCAUCAAAGGAGAACAAAGCAAUGGAGCUAUGGGGAGAAACGGUGAGAUCUAGUACUCUAAAGGGACGUUAAAGACAACCCAAGACUUCCUUAAAAAACUCAUACAUUCUUUGUAUGUGAUAACAUAACAUCAAGUCAUCUUAUCGGCUCCCGCUUCUGGUGAUGCUGGCCCCCAACAUGGAUGCCCUAAGAGCAAUGAGUUAACUGUAAAUGGUACAAUGUUGAAGUCUAAAAGUUUGCUGUGAAUGCUCUCUGUAGAUGUUCUUAGCGUUAAGACUGUAACAGCUAAGAAUAAUUUUCACUCAAAUUUGCACUUAUCUUUAUAUUACAGAAUUAAAUUAAAACUCUAAUUAAUUAAAGAUUGGCCAUAUCUUGUUCCUUGUAACACAAUCGAAUGUAAUUAGAUUUUUUUGUGUGUAAAGUAUACAACCAUGGAAGAAAAUUAUUUAUUAUCACAGUAUUUCAUGUCACCCAGAUGAGGAAGUGUUCCUUUAUGAGUCCUAUGCCUUAUUCGGUUCCUUCCUCAUGUAAAAAACUCAGGGAAUUUUUUCCAGCUACUCUCUCCACUGACCUGCUCAUUAGGGAUAGAUUCAUACCAGUGGAUAUGCUGCUUUCUCUAAAACGGCCUUGUGACAAAGUCCAUUGUCACUUUUUUGAAAGGUCUUUACAAACUGUUGUGUUGUUUUCUGCAAUAUUUGUCAUUCAUUCUACAUAUCUGCGCGACUUGCUUUUAACAGAUAGCAUGAUUAUAUGUUGCUUUCUUUAUGUAUAUAGCAAUGUUACAGUGAAUGUGCCAAAAUGAAAUAUAAAUAAAUGGUUUCCACUGUUAUGUC